UAUUGAUACACAGCAAAAUACCUAACAAGAAUACUGUUAGUUGAUCUCUAGUGUCUCUAGUCCGACUCUCUGGACUGUCAGAGCAGCAACUACGCUGUGUUGGGGUUUUCCACAUCGUCUAUUCUUCGUCAACAAUUGGCUGUUCGCACAUUUGGCAUGCUGCUAAGCCUCAGAAGCUUAUGCAGUCCCUUCGCUUUUGACCCUGUGUUAAAUUAAACACUUGACCAGUCUACUAGUCACGUCUUACGUCGAUCAAGCUGCGCCCCACAUCGUACAUGGAAGGCCUUAAUGAGGGACGUCCCAGUCAUAUCUCUGCACUGUGUUGGCAUCCUAUGAUGGUGCUAACUAGACGAGCCAAGUGAUAUAAAUGGAAAAGCGAGGCUUGGUAUCAGGGUUUGCUUGCGAAGGCCUGACUGAAAGUGGAAAUGAUUGUACAGUCCCCAGAUCCUAUUGCACUUCAAUCACUGUGAUGAAGGGGAGGGGGUGGAAUAUCCCGUGUCUUGGCACGACAGCAUCUACUAUAAAAAAGUAAGACGGGAAUACUUCCAUCGAUAUUCACAUGAGGAAAUAGAUCAAAAGACCAUCGCCAAAUUCAUGCAUCAUGAUUUUGAAAUACAUUUUUUGGCUAUGGAUGGCAGCCGCGGCAGCCGUCGCGCAGGACGAGGAAAGCGCAGCAGCCAACAAGCCCAACUUCAUUGUUAUCCUCACCGAUGAUCAAGACCAGCAAUUGGAUUCGAUGAAAUAUAUGCCUAAGGUGAAGAAGCUUUUGACGGAUGAGGGUGUCUACUUCAACCACCACUAUGCGACAGUGGCGUUGUGCUGUCCUGCCCGGGCUAGUUUGUGGACUGGCAAAGCAGCUCACAAUACCAACGUCACUAGCCUCAAACCCCCCUAUGGUGGAUACCCCAAGUUCGUCGAAGAGGGAUGGAACUCCAAGUGGCUCCCGGUGUACAUGCAGAAAUCCGGCUACAAGACAUACUUCACCGGCAAGCUGAUGAACACCCAUAACACCAAAAACUACAUGAAUGGACUGAAAGAGAUGGGACUUGACGGGCAUGACUUCAUGAUCGAACCAGGAACUUAUCAAUACACUAACACGACGCUUCAACAUAACUUCGACAAGCCUAAGAGCUACCCCGGCGUGUACGCAACCGACCUACUAGCUAAUAAGUCAAUGGCCUGGAUCGAUGACGCAGCAAAGGCGAAGAAGCCAUUCUUCCUCGCAAUCAACCCGGUCAACCCGCACAACAACUACCAAUGGGGCAAGGGCUGGACUAAGCCAGUUCCAGCAAAGAGACACGAGGGAAAGUUCAAUGAUACCAAAGUUCCUAGAGGUGUUUCCUUUAACCCGGAUAAGCCAAGCGGCGCCGCCUGGGUCCAGGAGUUGAAGCAACUGUCCGAUGCCGUCAUCAAGGACAAUGAUCUAUUCUAUCGUCGUCGCUUACAGGCCCUCCAGGCUGUUGAUGACCUGGUCGAGACAACCAUUGAUACUCUGAAGCGCCAUAACAUGCUGAAUAACACCUACAUCAUCUACACCAGCGACAAUGGCUUCCACAUCAGCCAGCAUCGAUUGAUGCCCGGUAAACGCUGCCCGUACGAAGAAGACGUCAACGUCCCAAUGAUUAUCCGUGGCCCGGGUAUCCCCAAGGGCAAGACAGCCGACAUUGUCACUUCGCACUUGGAUAUUGCUCCUACUAUUGUGGAAUGGGCCGACGGCAAGGGACCGGGCGACUUUGACGGCUCUGUGAUUCCAAAAGAAGGAACCACGACCCCCGACGAGCCAUGGGAGCAUGUCGAAGUUGAGCACUGGGGAGCAGUCUCGGAUAAGAAUGAUAUCCUUCUGAGCGGGAAAGCGAAUACCUAUAAGGCUAUCCGAGUAAUCGGAGAUAAAUACAACCUUUUCUACUCGGUAUGGUGUGAGGGUGACCAUGAAGUCUACGACAUGUCGACCGACCCCCAUCAAAUGAACAACUUGUACAACUCUACGGAGAAGAUCCUCGGUGUAUCGAUGAAGAAGCUUGAGCAUCGUCUGGAUGCGCUAACACUAGUCCUGAAGACAUGCAAAGCCAAGACCUGCCAGCGUCCUUGGGAAGCGUUGCAUCCAGACGGAAAGGUGAAGACUCUCGUCGAUGCGUUGGACCCUAAAUACGACGAUUUCUACAACAAACAGAACCGGGUGAAAUUCAACGAAUGCUCCAGGGGAUACAUUGUCUCGAAUGAGUACCCGAUCAAAUAUCACACCUACGGAAACCGCUCGUCUGUAGAUGCUCGUGACGUAGAGGCAUUUGGGAAUUACGGAAUGUUUUGAUCAAAGAUGGAUUUUGAUUUGUUUGAUGAAGUGAAGGGGGGAGGGGGAACGGUAUUACACAGGUCUGUUUUCUUUGUAACCAUAUAAAAAGGGUGUGUGGUAUCCUAUUAGUAUUCAAUCUAUACAUUAAGGCAAGGCAA